AUGAUGGGUUACGAGCAGAUGAAUCAGAUGACAAUGAAGACAACGACGACGAUGAAGAAUUUCAAUAAGAUGGGAACAAUCAAUAAUACUCCACAGAAGAAAACAACGAGGAGAAUUGUGUCGGCCAUUGAUGGUGGUGCGGCGGCUAGAGAAGGAGAUCGCCGUCGGAAUCUCAAGACUCUUGAUCUCAGCGGCAUGUCCUUGGCUUCUCUUUCUUGCUCUUCUAUCAACUUAGCUUCCAUCUCCAAACUCGAUCUCUCCAACAACAAUAUUCAGAAAAUUCCGGAAUCUCUAGUAGCGAGAAUGUUAAAUUUGUGGGCACUGGAUUUGCAUUCCAAUCAGCUCAAAACUCUCCCCAACUCCAUUGGAUGUCUGUCCAAGCUUAAGUAUCUUAAUGUCUCCGGAAAUUACCUCCAGUUUCUCCCCAAAACUAUCGAAGGUUGCAGAUCCCUGGAAGAGCUAAACGUCAACUUCAACGAGCUGACCAGGCUCCCAGACGCGAUAGGGUUCGAGCUCACAAAUCUGACAAAGCUCUCCGUCAAUUCCAACAAGCUUGUCGUGUUACCAAACUCCGUUAGCCACUUGACGUCUCUGCGUGUGCUCGACGCGCGGCUAAACCGCCUUGGGUCGCUUCCUGAGGAUCUAGAGAACCUGGUGAACCUUCAGGUCCUUAAUGUUAGCCAGAACUUCCACUUGACGGUGUUACCUUACUCCGUUGGCUUGUUGAUAUCUCUUGUGGAGCUUGACGUCAGUUAUAACGGAAUUACCGUUUUACCAGACUCCCUCGGCUGUCUCCGCCGGAUUCAGAAGCUCUCCGUCGAGGGUAAUCCCCUCGUCUCCCCACCUUUUGAAGUGGUGGAACAGGGUUUGGAAGCAGUGAAGCAAUACAUGAGCGAGAAGAUGACCGAGUCUUAUAAGAAAACUCCGAUCAAGAAGAAGUCGUGGGGCAUUGGGAAGCUCGUCAAGUACCCGACCUUUCACGGCCUGAGUUCAUCUCCGGGGAGGAAAGCCGGUGGAGACGAGAGGGAAGGCUACAUCAACGCCUCUGAUUACCGCCAAAUCGAUGGAAUUGCCUCCCCCCGACGCGUGGCCCUCUUCAACCCGCGACGCCUCUUGUCUCCAUUCUCUGCGUAUUUCUCUCCUCCCAGGUAUUAG